CCUUUAAGUGCUGCUUCACAACAAGCUGCCAGGACGAUGAAAAACCAAAUUCUCGAGUAGGAAAGCGAAGGACUUCAAUCUCUUGCAAAUAAAUCAUGUGUGAAAGGAAGCCACGGUGAGAAAAUGGCUUCUCGCAAGUCGAAGACUGGCAACAAGAUAAAUGUUACAAAGGCAGCAGAGGAAUCCAGUCCAGUGGAUGAUUAUGUCACACCUGGGGGCUAUGAGCUGGAGAAAAUCCUCAACCGUGGGAGUGUGGCUUACACUCACGUCAACGAGGUCUGGCCUAAUGUCUACAUUGGGGACGAGGACACUGCAAAGGACAGGUACAACCUGCAGAGGAUGGGGAUCACACACAUCCUGAACGCUGCAGAGGGGACGUGGAACAACGUGGACACCGGAGCCGAUUACUACAGCGACAUGGACGUCGUCUACCACGGCGUGGUCGCAGAGGACGUUCCGAGUUUUAACCUCAGGCAGCAUUUCUACUCCGCCGGUGAAUUCAUUCAGAAGACGCUCAGCAACCCUCAGAAUAAACUGCUGGUGCACUGCGUGAUGGGAAGGAGCAGAUCGGCCACACUUUUCCUGGCAUACCUCAUGAUCUACGAGGACAUGACGGUGGUCGAGGCCAUUGAGCAAGUAAAGACACGCCGGCGGAUCAUCCCCAACUGGGGCUUCCUCAAACAGCUGAGAGAACUGGACCAGGAGCUCCAGGAGAAAAGGAAGGGUGGUGCCACGGAGAGCUGAUGGGACUGUUUUCAGGAAACACUUAAGCGAAGUGUCCAGUUGUUCAGAACCGAAUGAGUCAACUCAUUGGAGUAAAGGCAAAACAAGCCUGGAGUCAGUGAACACGAGUCUAUCCCAGCACCAGGUGUUGAGUCAAGCUAUCCGUCUGCCAAAGCAGCGACUGAUGAAUGGAGUUCUUCUCCAAUACCGCACAUUUUCACCGCCUCAACAGUCUCAAAGUGCUUCACAGGAUCAGACACACAUUCAAGCACACACUCAGUGAUGGAGGCUUCCAUGCAAGGCGGUCACUUUGACUCAUAGCAGCGAACGUGUGACUGAGAACUCCACCCUCGUCACCGAAGACCACGAUUCAAUUAUAAUGUGGGAAUUAAACAUUGCUUUUAAGUCAAGAUACAAGUGUCCAGCAACAUUUGAACACGUCAAUGUGACUAAUUAUUGAAUAUGCAUGGCAAUGAAAGGCCGAUCCAUCAAUGUCAAAUUCAAGAUUUGCUGUUUUGGGGUUUUUAACAGCGUGUUUGUUCCUUUGAUUUGAGGUUUUGGAUCAAGUCGAGUUUUCGUUGGGUGAAACCUCAGCGUAGUUUCAGAACAACCAAAUAGAAGUAAAGUUUCCUUUUGGUGUAUUGUUUUUUUUUUAUUUGAAAAAUACUUUCCUUCUGCAGAGAAAAUAGCUACACAGUUCACCACAAGCUUUCGUAAUCGAGCGCGGCGUUCUUCGACGAGCGAAUGUUUCAAAUUAAAGGAGAACAAUCAAGUACAUGGUCAAUCAUAAUUUAUUCUUAUGCUAAAAUGUACAGCAUUUUAAGUGACUGACAAAAGGAGAAAAGUCAUAAAUACAAGAAUGUCAUUCUGUCCGAUUUGUGUGCACAUAGCCAGGUAUUUCC